AUGCCGAACCGCCUCAUCCCCCUCGUGAUCCUGAUCGUCGUGGUCAUUGUCAUCGCCGUGGUGGGCUUCAUCGCCUACAGCAUCAUUCAAGAAGUCUCGAACAAAACAAAGACCAAGAUGGAGAAGCGCAAUGUCAUGUUUACAAAGGAUGGGAUGAAAGUUGGUGUGAGGGAGGUCAAGGAGGAAGAAUAUGUCGAUCGGAGCCAGAGUAUCUUGGUGAACAUGUGGAACCACACCUCGUUCCCCGCGUAUAAGAGUCGACUUUGGGACAUGACGGGUUCUGCUUCCGGGUCUGCGAGUGGGAAUGGAGAGGGACGGGUUGAGCAGAGGAAGGGGAACUCUCAUUGA